AUGGACAUUAAGAUUGUUUUCCCACUCAUCGUCGUCAACUGCCACCCUGUCUCUCUUCCCUUCCGCUUCUUUCAAACUUCCCCGCGAUAUAUUGCCGAUAUUUUGACGCCCCUAUCCACUCGCGAAAACUCCCCCUCCCUCAAAUCAAGAAAGAGUGAGAGGGAGAGAGAAGGUUUGAAAAUGCGUGUGAAGGAAAUGCACCCCUUGUGCUGUAUCUCGCUGGAGAGUCCGGGGAUCGGGAGCGACUCGCCUGAGCCAGACGCAGCUGCGCUCUCGAGGACAAGGAGUCUCCCGGCCGGUGGAUCUGAUGGCAUUGCUCGGCGGGGAUCGGAGGUCACGGUGGCCGGAGUUCUCUACAAGUGGACCAAUUACGGCAAGGGAUGGAGAUCCCGCUGGUUCCUCCUCCGCAAUGGCGUCCUCUCUUAUGCCAAGAUCCCGUGGCCGGAAAAUCUCAACCUCCUCUCUCCGGUAGAAGGUGUGCGCCUUAUCGGAGAAGUCACCGCCAACCGCCUCGCCAGAGACGCAGUCACUGUGCGUCGGAAGAAUCACAAACCUCCUUCCUCGUCUUCCUCUGCCGUAGUCCAUCUCAAGUGUAAAAAGGGUAGAAGAAACCCUGAAAGAGGCUUUGAUGCCCGAGCAAUAACACGGAAACCCGCUGGUUUCAACCAAAUAUUUGAAAUUGAAGUUAUCUUGUACGAAUUUAAGCAGAUCUCAUCGUUCAGAGAGAGCAAGUCAGACGAUAGACGGUUCUAUAUAUUCACAGCAACGAAGACUCUCCAUCUGAGAACUGAUUCGAGGAAGGACCGUGUGGCGUGGAUUCAAGCUUUGGUUUCAACCAGAGAAUUGUAUCCACUUCGACCACUCAGCGACCGUCUCUCCCUUGUACCGAAUCAUAUAUCUGUAUCAACUGAGAGGCUUAAGAAACACUUACUUGAAGAGGGUAGCAGUGAAAGCCUUGUUAAGGAAUGUGAGCAAAUCAUGUUUGCCGAGUUCUCCGAAUUACAAGAGCAACUUCAGAUCCUAUGUCAAGAACGAAGGAAUUUGCUUGAUACAAUAAGGCAACUGGAGGCUGCUAAUAUUGAACCUGAGGCCUCUGCCUUGCAUGACAGUGAAUACCAAUUAACAAAGAAUGGAUUUUCAAGUUUAGGACGUGGAAAAUAUAGCGAAUGCAGUACUACUGAAUCAUCGGAUGAUAUUGAGAAACAGGAGAUGGAGGAAGUGUCAGAUGAAGAUGAAAUCUCAUAUUAUGAUACUAAAGAAUAUUUUACAGAACUUGGUUUUAGAUGUGCGUCAACAGGAGGUUUGAAUCCAAUGAACAUGUCUGGAGAAGUUAACACACAGUGCAUUGAUUUUGAAAGCAAUCUUGUUGGGAAUACUGUCAAUGAUUUUGGGUACCCUUCCAUAGCAAGGCGAAAGAAGCUUCCAGAUCCCGUUGAGAAAGAGAAAGGUGUUAGUCUUUGGUCAAUUAUCAAAGACAAUGUGGGCAAAGAUCUCACACGAGUGUGUCUUCCUGUAUACUUUAAUGAGCCAAUAUCAUCUCUUCAGAAAUGUUUCGAGGACUUGGAGUACUCUUUUCUUCUGGAUAGAGCUUAUGAGUACGGAAAAUCGGGAAAUGGUCUCCUUCGGGCUCUAAACGUUGCUGCCUUUGCCGUUUCUGGAUAUGCUUCAUCCGAAGGUCGUCAUUGUAAACCCUUUAAUCCAUUGUUAGGGGAAACUUACGAAGCCGAUUAUCCUGACAAAGGAGUUCGCUUCUUUUCUGAGAAGGUGAGUCACCAUCCUACUGUCGUUGCCUGCCACUGUGAAGGUAGAGGAUGGAAGUUUUGGGCUGACAGUAACAUUCGAUCAAAGUUUUGGGGAAGGUCAAUUCAGCUUGACCCAGUGGGUGUUCUGACCCUAGAGUUUGAUGAUGGUGAAAUAUUUCAGUGGAGCAAGGUUACGACAACAAUUUAUAAUCUUAUCCUUGGGAAAAUAUAUUGUGAUCAUCAUGGAAACAUGGACAUUCGUGGUAAUCGCCAAUAUUCGUGCAGACUCAAGUUCAAAGAACAGGCAAUUCUUGAUCGAAAUCCUCACCAGGUGCAUGGCUUUGUUGAAGAUAUAACGGGAAAAAAGGUCGCAACAUUAUUUGGCAAGUGGGAUGACAGCAUGUAUUAUGUUAAUGGUGAAGUGAAUGUGAAGCCAAAAGAUUGCACUUUGUCAGACUCAAACCUGUUGUGGAAAAGGACUAAGCCACCUUCUAAUCUCACCCGGUACAAUUUGACAUCAUUUGCCCUCACACUAAAUGAGCUUACUCCCGGGCUAAAGGAGAAGCUUCCACCCACGGAUUCCAGGCUGAGACCAGAUCAGCGGCAUCUAGAGAAUGGGGAAUACGAGAAGGCUAAUAUGGAAAAACAAAGGCUGGAAAAGAGGCAAAGAAUGUCAAGGAAAAUGCAAGAAAAUGGUUGGCAGCCUAGGUGGUUCCACAGAGAAGGUGAAAACGGAACGUUUCGAUAUAUUGGCGGGUAUUGGGAAGCGAGAUCUCUAGGAAGAUGGACUGGAUGCCCAAAUAUCUUCGGUGAGGUUUAUGAAGGCAAUUUUGAUCCUUUAGACAAUGAUAAUGACAGCAAAAUAUUGUGUGGAGGGUUUCUCUUGAACCUUCUUGCAUGGCAGCAACUAGUUUUACUGAAUCGAAGGGAGAGUAUCCUUUUGGAACCUCAGGAAACUAGACUCCUUGCAGUUCUGGUUGGGCAGCAUUACACGAACACAGCUUUCCGCAGAGAUGAGAAUAUAUUUGAGGCUGUUUCUUCAUCUAGUUGA